UGAAUUUCCUGAUGCAUUGAAAUUAUUAGCAGACCAAAUAUUUUCCAUCUGACGUUUUUCCUAUAAACAAGUGUAGUCAGCGUCGAGUUGAAAUCUUCACCUAGAAAGUUUUCCCUAUCUGCGCUUUUGGUAGAUAAAAUGUGAAAUCAGUAGGAAAAUAAUGUGUUCCCUCGGAAUAUAGUCCUAAAAAUGACCCUGCUGAACUUUAAAUUCUCCAUCAAAUCGAUGAAGCUGCUGAUAUGCUUCAUUGGCAUCUCGUCUUUGUUACUGCUGAUAUUCUGUCUCUACAGUACUCUGAAUACUCCGGAAAAGAUCAUACAGCCACUUAUGCCAAGCACAGACCAGCAAGUAAUCAGUUAUGAACUGCUGCGGAGUCAGAAUGCUGCUCUGGUGCCGGAAAAGUACAACGAGCACGAAGUGAAAACCCGUAUAAUCAGAGAGAAAAUCAAGCGACUUGCUGGGGACAAGAACGCUGAAUUGAGUACUCCAGCACGUAGAAACCGUACUAUUGCAUUGAAUCGAAACAUUCAGAUCUUCUACUAUGCUCCGGUGGCGUGGUAUAAACCACAUCCGACCCUAGCGAGUGACAAGCUGAUUCGUCUGGUCGAAAACGGGUCUGCCGUUUCAUUCCGUCCGAACGAUGAUCAAGUAAUCAACAUUGCGUUUUACCCGAAACGGAAACUGUAUAACACAACGGAAACGAUUAUUCGAGAUCAUUUCAAUGACAUUCAAAACUGUGGAAUAGGAGUCGUGAUUCUGGUAUGGCAGCCCAGUUUCAACGAGGGUUUACUGAUGGCUACUUUCAAAACGGCAGCGAUUUAUAAUCUGAAAAUUGCCGUUGAAAUACUGGAAUAUCCCGAUCGUACGAUUGAAAGUAUUAGGAAUAAUAUCAAAUACUUCAUGGAUCUCUUCGGUAAGGAUCAAGAAAGCACACUAAGCUAUUUCAGGGUGCUGUCGAAGCAGCGUAACUUACCGAUAUUCUACGUAAGGCAAGCUUACAAGAUCAACGAUGCCGAUUGGUCCCGGUUGCUGUCCCGCAACGGAAUGUUGACGAUCCGCGGUACCAGUUAUGAUGCGAUUAUUCUGGCCCACAUUGGUGCCAAAGAGCAUAAGUCGAUCGUCCGCAGAGGUGGUUUCGACGGAUUCUACACAUAUCUACCAAGCAAUGGGGCGAAUUAUGCGACCACUUGGAAGAACUGGUCGCAACUGAAAAAAUUUGCCGACACCUAUAAGCUGCUGUUUGUACCGACGAUCGGUCCUGGAUAUUACGAUCGUAAAAAGUACUCGCGCAACGGACAUCUCAACCAUGGAGGAAUAACGAACAUAAAGCGUUACCGCUCGAACGGGCAAUAUUUCGAUGUGGCAUGGAGAACAGCGUUGAAGAACAACGCACAGCUGAUCACCAUCAACAGCUACAACAACUGGGUCGAUGGGACGCAAAUUGAAGCCGCCAUUCCGGUGUUCGGUUUUCGAGACUAUCUGCCGGGCUCGCCGGAAAAGUACCUGGACCUUACCCAAUCCUGGAUAGAGGAAUUCGUCAAGUACAAGCUCAAUAGUAUCAAGCUCGGGGGGAAGAGUGAAAGUUCACUGGGCUGUUAUGAUUUCAUAAACAAUACUAUCUGUUAGGAGGGUGGGAAGAUGCUCACGAAACUAACGAGAACUUUGUCUGAUGCAGGGUUGAGUUGGCAGUGAAAAAACUACUCUUGAAUUUGUACACUCCAGUGUUGCUUCACUAUUGUUACUACGCAAACUUUAGAGUAGAUUUCGAGGAACCAUAUUUUAGGGCAAAGAUCUCACUCGUCGCAAGCAUGACUGCUGACUUCGAUUUAGACAAGAUCA